GGAUUAGAUAAUCCAACGGCUAAAGAGAAACCCUAAUCGCACAUAGAAUAAGGAAGAGAAAAGAUUUUACUACUUAAACCAAAGUAGGCCAAAUAACUCUUCCUCUUUCGCUUUCGCUCUUCACUCUCUUCUUAGCUACUGCUUCUUGCUCAGAUUUUAGAAUGGGUAAGGAGAAGGUUCACAUUAGCAUUGUGGUCAUUGGCCAUGUCGACUCUGGAAAGUCGACCACCACUGGACAUUUGAUUUACAAGCUAGGAGGGAUUGACAAGCGUGUAAUUGAGAGGUUCGAGAAGGAGGCUGCUGAGAUGAACAAAAGGUCAUUCAAGUAUGCAUGGGUUUUGGACAAGCUCAAGGCUGAGCGGGAGCGUGGUAUUACCAUUGACAUUGCACUGUGGAAGUUUGAGACUACUAAAUAUUACUGCACUGUCAUUGAUGCUCCUGGACAUCGCGAUUUUAUCAAGAACAUGAUUACCGGUACCUCACAGGCCGACUGUGCUGUCCUUAUUAUUGACUCCACUACUGGUGGAUUUGAAGCGGGUAUUUCCAAGGAUGGUCAGACUCGUGAGCAUGCUUUGCUUGCCUUCACCCUCGGUGUCAAGCAAAUGAUCUGCUGUUGCAACAAGAUGGAUGCAACAACCCCAAAAUACUCCAAGGCAAGGUAUGAAGAAAUCGUAAAGGAAGUUUCUUCCUAUCUUAAGAAAGUAGGAUAUAACCCUGACAAGAUCCCCUUUGUUCCUAUUUCUGGGUUUGAGGGUGAUAACAUGAUUGAGAGGUCAACCAACCUCGACUGGUACAAGGGCCCUACCCUCCUUGAGGCUCUUGACUUGAUUUUGGAGCCAAAGAGGCCCUCAGACAAGCCUCUCCGACUUCCACUUCAGGAUGUCUACAAGAUUGGUGGUAUUGGAACUGUCCCUGUGGGGCGUGUUGAAACGGGUGUGCUCAAACCAGGUAUUGUUGUUACUUUUGGCCCUACUGGGCUGACAACUGAAGUUAAGUCAGUUGAGAUGCAUCAUGAGUCUCUCCUAGAGGCUUUGCCUGGUGACAAUGUUGGUUUCAAUGUGAAAAAUGUUGCCGUCAAGGAUCUCAAACGUGGGUUUGUGGCAUCCAACUCAAAGGAUGAUCCUGCAAAGGAAGCUGCUAACUUCACCGCCCAGGUCAUUAUCAUGAACCAUCCUGGCCAGAUUGGCAAUGGUUAUGCGCCAGUACUUGACUGCCACACCUCCCACAUUGCUGUGAAAUUUUCUGAAAUUUUGACCAAGAUUGAUAGGAGGUCGGGCAAGGAGCUUGAGAAGGAGCCCAAAUUUUUGAAGAAUGGAGAUGCUGGUUUUGUUAAGAUGAUUCCUACCAAGCCUAUGGUGGUGGAGACUUUCUCUGAGUACCCACCGCUUGGACGAUUUGCUGUGAGGGACAUGCGUCAAACUGUGGCUGUUGGUGUUGUCAAGAGUGUGGAGAAGAAGGAUCCAAGUGGUGCCAAGGUCACCAAGUCUGCUGCUAAAAAGAAAUGAGUGUUUUAUUUUAGGAAGUCAAUAGCAAAAGAAAUGGGUUGGUUUUGUGGCUUUUGUUAUUGCAGCCUCUUAUAUAGGGGCCUUGACUGCCUGGUGGUUUUGAGCACCCAGGCCACCUGGGUGGCUUGACCGUCGGUGGCAAAAGCUGCAUCUAUCUGGUUGAUGCUGUUUUUAGUAGUAUAGAGCUUCAUAGUUGCAAGUGAGAGAACAAAUUGGCAUUUAAUUUGAUUUCCAAAUUGUUGGUUUUUAAAUGUAUUUAUGAGACUCAAAUAUUUUACGUUUGAAAUGUCACCCCUAAGUAGUGGUGAUAUCUCAUAUCUGUGGGGACUUUUUGUUUUGUUUUGUUUUUUCCUUCCAAAAAAGGAAAGAAAAAAAAAACAAUAUUGUUUCUCUUUCGGUUUUUGGGCUUUGCAUUAUUUCAAUAAGAGGGUUCAUACGUUUCUGAGGGCAGAAUUCUGUCCAAUUAA